AUGAUAAUGAUAUGUAUCAAAAGAGCAUUAGGAGAAUACAUGAAGCAUGAAAGGCUUUAUGAGGACAAAUUACUUGCGUGUCCUAGCAGUAAAUAUGAAUAUCGACAGUAUAGAUCAAAAAACUGUUUGGAUAAGAUAGCAAAAAUGAGAAUAAAAAAGUUUUGGAAAGGAAAUUUGCAUCUGUUAUCUGUGGGAAAGAUUGGUCGUUCGCAGCGAACGAAUUGCUACGGUCGGGCGCAUAUGGAAAAUAUGCGCGAUUACCUUACCGCUUUAACUAUUACGAUUGUAGUAUGCAUCAGUUUGGCGAUAGCAAUACCAAUAUUAUGUUUCUGUAUCUGUAUGCUUCGAUUUUGUUAUAUUGCCCGCAAGCAAAAUAAGCCUGAAAAGGUGAAGUGUUCAGAAGAGACACCUCGAGUUAUUUCGCCCGCACCCGCCCGUCUACCAAAUUCAGUGAAUAAAGCAAAAUCAAAAAGUGGCACAUCACAGCACUUUGUGACUGAUCGGAUACAUACUGAUCUGUCCAGAAGUGGACGACAGAUUGCAAAAGUACAGCUAGAUCAAUCAGGAAAUGGACGAGUAACGAAGACUAAAAAUGACCGUUUGACGUCUAAGCAGGACAAUCGCUUGCGUGAGAACUGUUUGGGAGUAAGUAGUGUAAUUGCUUUCAAAAUGGAUUUGCAAGUACAAAGUGUGACGUCAGAAUAA